AACAGACGGCGAUUAAGGCUCAACCAUGGAAGAGAAGGAGGAGGAUGAGGAAAGUCGCUCUGCAUCGCUGAUCGCUGUCCCAGACCAGGUCUCUUCGGAUGAGGUGCCAGAUGCAGUUGGGUGCAUGACAAAAAUUCGACAAGCUCUUCCGGAUUCAAUUGGCGAGGAGAUGCGAAAAAUCAGUGCUCUAGCUGGACCAGCGUUCCUGUCUCAGCUCAUGAUCUUCAUGAUAAGCAUUGUGAGCUCCAUAUUCUGUGGACAUCUGGGGAAGGUGGAGCUAGACGCCGUGUCACUGGCCAUUGCGGUGGUGAAUAUUACUGGUGUGGCAGUGGGGGCGGGGCUUGCUGGAGCAUGUGACACACUGAUAUCGCAGAGCUAUGGAGGACGCAACCUGAAACUGGUCGGAACCAUCCUGCAAAGAGGAAUUCUCAUCCUGCUACUCUUCUGCUUUCCAUGCUGGGCUCUAUUCUUGAACACCGAACCCAUCCUGCUUCUCUUCCGGCAAAACCCUGACGUGUCCAGACUGACGCAGAUCUACGUUCUGAUAUUCAUUCCAGCCCUCCCAGCUUCAUUUCUUUAUCAACUACAAGCCAAAUAUUUGCAGAACCAGGGAAUAAUAUUUCCACAAGUGCUAACUGGAUUGGUAGCAAAUAUCUUUAACGCACUUAUUAAUUACAUUUUCUUGUACGUGCUUGGCCUGGGAGUCAUGGGCUCGGCAUGGGCCAAUACCAUCUCUCAGUACCUCCAGGCCAUUCUCCUCUUUGGUUACAUAGUGUGGAGGAAACUUUACGUGGACACCUGGGGAGGAUGGUCCAUGGCCUGCUUUGAAGAGUGGGGCUCUUUCACCCGACUUGCCAUUCCCAGCAUGCUCAUGCUGUGUAUUGAGUGGUGGACCUUUGAAAUUGGGAUCAUAAUGGCAGGAGUACUCGGUGUGGAGGACCUCGGGGCCCAGUCCAUAAUCUACCAAAUGGCUAAUAUUGUCUUCAUGGUGCCCGUGGGCUACAGCAUUGCAACCAGUGUUCGUGUGGGUCACUCAUUGGGGGCCGGAGACAUAGCACAAGCAAAGAAAUCCAUGGUCGUAGCUUUGUUAAUGACAGAGGGCUGUGCUUUGACUUGCUGCAUCCUGCUCGUCAGCGUAAAAGAUGUCAUUGCCUAUGUUUAUACUACAGAACAGGAAAUUGUGAAACUGGUCAGCUAUGUGCUGCCUGUGUAUGCCGGGAGUCACCUAUUCGAUGGAUGUGUGGCCACAUGUGGCGGAAUCCUUCGGGGCACCGGGAAGCAGAAGAUCGGGGCCAUCUUUCAUGCUGUUGGCUAUUAUAUUAUCUGUCUGCCAGUGGCUGUUUCGUUGAUGUUUGCAGCCAAGAUUGGCAUAAUUGGGUUCUGGAUCGGUGCUCUCCUCUGUGCAUUCUUACAAUGUAUUGGCUUCCUGAUCUUCGUAUUCCGCAUUGACUGGGACAAGGCCUCUCAAGAGGCACAGGCACGAGCUAAAGACAGGCAGAUGAUAUUGGCUGCCAACAGCGACCCAGCAAUUUAUCAAAGGGCAUCUGUGAAGGAUACUCGAGAGGAGUCAAAGACGGGAAUAUGCAAAGACUUAGAGACUGAUGAAACACUGGACAAUGUGGAAAAUGAGCACUUCCAACCUGAAUCUUUAUAUCAGAAGCAGCCUUUGUCCAAAAGGGAGCUAAUAGUGCAGAGAUCUCUGGUGCUUAUUGCAGCCAUUACUGUGUUAAUGGUUGGGAUCUUAAUACGUCUCUGUGUCUAAUAUCACUGCUAUAGGCAGUGGCAGUGAUUGAGACUUCUAUAUGGAAAGCGUUGGUUGACCCACUGC